AUGGAAAUACUAAGAAUCUAUGAAUCGGCUUCGGGGCAAAAGAUCAAUACCGAGAAAUCCUCAAUAUUUUUCAGCCCAAACACUUCUCAAGAGCGAAAGGAUGAAAUCGUAAGCAUUCUUGGGCCUAUGAACGACUUGCGGCACGCAAAGUAUCUUGGUCUCCCCUCCAUUAUUGGUCGCUCAAAAAAACAAAUCUUUGCGGAAAUAAGAGAAAAGGUGGGAAAGAAGUUGGCUGGCUGGAAAGGUAAGCUUCUCUCAAUGGGAGGCAAAGAAAUCCUAAUCAAAGCGGUUGCGCAAGCCAUCCCCUCCUACACUAUGAGUUGUUUCCUUCUCCCAAUGAGCCUUUGUGAAGACCUUGAAAGGGAUUUGAGAAGCUUUUGGUGGGGUCAGAAGCAGCAAGAAUCUAAGGUUGCUUGGGUUGGUUGGAAGAAAAUGUGCAAACCAAAAUCCCUCGGUGGAUUGGGUUUCCGUAAUUUGCAUGCAUUCAAUUUGGCCUUACUUGCAAAACAGGUCUGGAGGAUUUUUACGAACCCAAGCUCCCUGGCUGCCCGAAUUUUGAAGGCUAAAUAUUUCCCAUAUGAAGACAUACUGAAUGCUGGUCUAGGCAGCAGCCCCUCGUUCACGUGGCGAAGUAUUUUCCAAAGUAUUGAAGUCAUUAAGAACGGAACUCGUUGGCGAGUUGGAAACGGGCGUCUAAUUCACAUUUGGGAAGACAAGUGGCUCCCAACCCCUUCCACAUUCAAAGUUAUUUCCCCUCCGAGAGAUUUUGGAGAUUACCCCAUGGUUUCCUCCCUCAUUGACCAAGAUACUAAGUAG